AUGCAGCGCGAGUCCGCCAAGCGUGGUUUCGUUCUCAACAGUCAGAAAGCGGUUCUCAAUGUGGAUUUGACUGGCCAUUUAAGGGGAUAUACUGAAAUCGUCAUCGUCCCAACGAAUCGGACCCUCCGGACAAUCCAUCUCCAUUCCCGUCAAUGCGAUAUCCAUAGCAUCACCGUCGGAGGCCAACCUGCUGAUUUCUCUCUUGUUGAUCCAUUUACUGGGCUAGCUCCUUCGAAGCCAGAUGAUGUUCACAGUAUUCCUGAGAUGAAGCGCAAAUUGUUCUCGGCACUCUCUGAGGCAGACGAAGGAGAACUUUCUAUUGCUAUACCCGAUGAUCAGCUGCCGAGGCCGAUUUCUGAAACGGAGACCUUCAGUAUUGGUGCUCCUCCGAGUGCCAGACCCGUUACACCCGAUCCGGGGUCAGGCGGAUACGAGUUUGCGCCCAUCAGUCUUGUCAUCGAGUAUUCGGUUCACCAUCCUCACGAUGGGCUACAAUUUGUCCUUCCGACUGACGCAUACCCAUAUCGAGUGCCUCAUGUCUACACCACACCAUCAUCUCCUGAUUCUGCGCGGCAUUGGGUUCCGUGCGUGGAUGCUUUGUGGGAAAGGUGCACAUGGGACUUCGAGUUCAUCGUUCCGAAUGCCUUAGAAGUCACUUCUGACGACGACCAAGCUAGUGUUGAUGGUGAAUUGAUCCCGAUUGCUGUUGUGUGCAGUGGCGAAUUGGUAGAAAAAAUUGCUCAUCCACAUGACUCAAAGAAGUCCAUUUUUGUGUACUCCCAAAGCGUCCCGACAUCUGUCCAGCAUAUCGCGUUCGCCAUCGGACCCUUUCAUCUACAUUCGAUCCCACUCGAGCUUUCCGUGUCGGACGCUAAUGCCAAUGGGGCUAGUUCUGCUCCCGGCGGUCUAACAUCUUCGCGUGUUCCAAUCCAUACAUUCUGUCUGCCUGGUUUGGAGCCUUCACUGCGAACUUCAACCUCAUUUUACCGUUCCGCGAUGAGUUUUUUCACAACUGAAUACGGUUCCUACCCUUUCGGAUCUUUCAAGGUGGUUUUCGUGGACGAACUUCCCACUCAGCGCUUCGACGGGUCUGCAACCGCAUUAAUCACCAAUGAUCUUCUCCACGACGACAUGGCUGUUGACCAGGUGUUCGACACACGACAGGCGCUUGCUCAUGCUCUCGCCUGCCAAUGGGUUGGCGUGAAUAUCAUUCCCAAAUCAUGGUCUGAUCUCUGGCUGGUCAACGGGCUCGGAUUCUACAUUGCUUCAUUGUUCAUUCGCCGUCAUUUUGGUAAUAACGAGUAUCGAUUUCGCCUCCGAAAGGAUAUGGAUCGUGUGGUGUCCAUGGACACAGGAAACAUGCCUCCUUUGUGCAUGCCUGCAUCUUCUGAACCUCCGGAUUCCACGGUGCUUGCAUUCAUCAAUGCCAAAGCUCCAAUUGUGAUGUACAUCCUUGAUCGACGACUUGGGAAGUCAGGAACGGCUUUAGGACUUUCUCGGGUACUCCCCAAAGUGUUCCUGACGGCAAUUAGUGGCGAGAUGGCAAGUAAUGCCAUCUCCACUCACUCGUUUCUGCGGACCUGCCGCAAAGUCAGUGGGGUUGACAUCCGAUCGUUUUCGGACCAAUGGAUAUUUGGGAGCGGAUGUCCUAGUUUCAAAUUUCGCGUUACGUUCAACAAAAAAAAAAUGGCGGUUGAACUCUAUAUGACCCAACAUACACCUGCAUACAUCUAUAAUGAGCAUGACCCGGGUCGUAUGCUCCUGUAUAAACCUGUGGAAGUGUUUGAGGGAACCAUGACAAUCCGCAUUCACGAGGCCGACGGAACCCCAUAUGAACAUGUUCUCGAUAUACGAAGUCCCCAAAAGAAGUAUGAGAUUCUGUUCAAUACUAAGUACAAGCGUGUUCGCAGAAAUACGAAGCGAUAUCUUGCGCGCAAAGCAGCGGCUGCUGCCGCUGAAGCUGGUGACCCAGAUGCAGCUGAGGCCAUGGAAAUGAUUGACUCAGGCUUCGAGUUGAAGCUCUGGGAAGAUGAAGCCAAACGUGCGUGGUGGCAGGUGGCCGAUUGGACGGAAGAAGACGAGGCUCAGAUGAAUGGGGCUGCCUAUGAGUGGAUCAGGUUGGAUGCAGAUCUUGAUUGGAUCUCGAUACUCGAUUUCGAACAGCCAGAUUACAUGUGGGUAUCGCAGUUGCAACGUGAUCGCGACGUCGUGGCCCAGUUAGAGGCGUUGCAAGCCUUAGCACGUCAACCCACUGCUAUUGUAUCAAGUAACCUAACGAGGACAGUUCUAGUAACAAACUAUUUUUAUCGAAUUCGAUCGGAGGCGGCAAGGCUUCUCAUUUAUUGUGCAACUCCCUCAUUGAAAGACAUCGGACUAUUGCAUCUCUUCAAGCUGUUCAGUCAAUACUGUCAUCGUCCUCAGUCCCUGUCAGAUCCGUUACGGGCAAAAUUUGUGCCACGCCCUAACGACUUCUCUGAUUUCGCGGAGUACUUCAGUAUCGUAACAGCUAUUGCAGAGUAUCGUGAUGUUGAUGGGAAGUCGGGGCCCGUUACCAAACGCUUCCUGAUUGACCAGCUGCAUUAUAAUGAUAACUCUGAAAAUCAGUACUCGGAUGCCCUAUACAUUGCCACUAUUAUCGCCGGCCUCGCUCGUUCUCUGACCCCUUUGAGGAUGCCGGAGAUGUCCGAGUUAUCGCGCACUGUGUGGCAGCCCGAACUUGACGAAGAAGAUCGAGAUGUUCUGGAGUUGGCAAGGGAAGAAAUGGACCGUUACAGGGAAAUGGACCGUUUGAAUCCGUCCCCACAUAAUGUGGUAUCGAUUGCCAUCCUUGAGUGGACAUCAAUUAUGCAGCUGAGCGCACUGAUGCCUCAAGAUAUCCGACUUUUUGUGGCGUAUAGUCGCGAAGGAAAUCAUAUCCCUGUUCGGCUGGCAUCAUUCGAUGCAUUACUUCUUACGAAGUGGUUCACACGGAAAAGUCUGGCAAGGUACAUCUUUGCUGUCAUUUCGCAUGACCCGUCACGGAUAGUCCGUCGCGUCGUCGCGCGUGCUGCUAUCGCAAGCCUGGGGAUACUCGAGGCUGUUGGAGAUAUCAAGCCUGCAACAAAAGACAGCGAGAAGUCUGUCCUUAUUGAGGAAGACGGAUCCAUCCCCCAAACCUCAGCGAAGGGGCGAAGGAAUGAGGUAGAUCUAGCUUUGAAAGCAAUAAGGAAGGAAGCAGGCAAACAGAAAGGCAUCCGUGAUGCUUUCAUCCCUAUGUACAUGGAUAACAUAUCGGAGUAUGAGGUCCGGUGGUGUUUGCUGAAGCUUGGGGAACUGUUAUUCCGACCAGAUGCCGAACCAUUGCCCAGAAUCUCCAUCAGGCCACACCCUCUUCGCUCAUCUAAUUUACCUCUUACACCCAUCAAGGGUGCACCAAGUUUACUUAUUCCCCCCGAAGCCCUGUCCCUGCCUCUUGUCCCUGCUCCAGCUCUAACACCAACAUCAACACUAAUGCCUGAGCCUGAGCCUGCUCUUGCUCCGCCUCCGGCCGCACCGGAAGCUCCUGUGGCGUCCAAACCACUCACGGCGAAUCCCGAUGUACCCGCAGCGGCGCCUCCUCAGCCAAAGAAAAAGAAAGAGAGGCCAAUCCCCACGGCACAGAGCGGCGGUAUGUUGGCCAAGGAAGUGCAAACUUGCACCAUAGUUCUUCGUCGACUGGGCAAGCAGAAAUCCGCACUUUUCUUCAAGCUCCCGGUGGAUCCCGUACGAGACCGAGCCCCCGGGUAUUUUGAUAAAAUAGCCCAUCCAAUGGAUCUAAGUACCAUAGAUUAUAGGUUAUCCCACGGGCACUACAAAAAUCGAGAUGGUUUUAAACAAGAUUUCAAGCUCAUUAUCAGCAACGCUCAAACUUACAACCUCCCAGGAUCGUAUCCCUACAUGGAUGCUGAAGCUCUGGAUGCAUUCUUUGACAAAACCUGGGAGAAGCUAACUAACCAGGCGGGUCAAAGUAAACCAGCUUCAGUUCCGGUCAACACCUCUAUCCCCGUUGCUGCAGACGUUGUUACGGAACCAUCCGUAAAGAUUGAGCCUUUCGCGGCCCCAAAAGUCUCGAGUCCCUCAGUUCCAACUCCCGAAGUGUCGUCUAAAGUUGCGCCUAAGAAAGCAAAUGGCCGCGCCAAACCUGGACCCAGCCCCCCGAUUGCUACACCAACACUAAAUGGAUCGUCCCCUACAACUCAUUUCACAGCCCCUGCCACUGAUCUCGUCUCCUCAGGAAUUUCUAUUGCACCCCCCACUUCUCCGUCUACUCCCAUUCCAUCGUCCAGCCCCAUGCGCCCAUCUAUUCAGGCCCCUACUUCUUUAUCUGCCCACACCUCCGUGUCGUUUCCCUCCCAAGUGUCGUCAACAGUUCCCCAACCGUCCCCCUCUGCCGCCAUCCCAGCCCCUGUCACAACUGCCGGCACAAAUCAUGUGCCUAUCAGUGUCACUAAAACGACACCGUCCCUGAAAUUGAAAAUUUCCCGAGAGUCACCUUCAGCUUCACCUUCGAAAAAUGGAACAACAUCCGCUCCCGCAAAAGCCAAGCCUCCGCCGAAGCCAGCUUCUGAGGCUCAGAUAAGGGAAUCCCCCGAUGACUGGCUGCUGCAGGAAGUUGCUGAGAUCGAGGCCCAAGUGGCGCAGAAGAUGCUAAAUGGGAAAAGGAAAUCCAAAGAAAAACCUUCCUCUCCCGCUGCCACGCCCAACGAGGUCGAUCCAUUCACCACCGGCUCCAGUACUCCACCUACGCAUGCCCCAACGAUUGUUACUCCGAAGCAGCCUGUGUCAAAGAAACCGAGAGAAUCGCCGGUUCCUCCUCCCAAGACUACUCCAAUCGACGGAAGGAAAUGCAGAGAGUUGCUCAAGCAUAUCACAGAUACUAGUAAAGUCCCGGAGUCUUGGUUAUUCUUGAUUCCCGUCGAUCCGGUAGCUGCGGGUUGCCCCACAUACUACGAUGAAAUCAAGAAUCCCAUGGACUUCCGCACAAUGCGAGAAAAACUGAAUCGUGGAGACUAUAAGACAAUGGAGGCAUUCGCUGACGAUGUCGAUCUCAUCUUUCGUAACUGCCGCCAGUUCAAUCCGCCAGGGUCCGAGCCUGUGCUCCUCGCCCAAGCUGUCGAGCGUGCGUUCACAAAGGAGUGGUCUCGGAUUAUGCCAAAGGGUAUCUCCCCAUCGGAAAAACGUGCGGUAUCGCACAUGCUCCAGAGGCUGCGUGAAAUGGAGGAAUAUAUAUGGUUUAAGGACCCUGUCGAUCCCAAGAUUCUUGCAGAUUACUACAACAUCGUUCCUAAGAAGGAUGCACGAGAUCUUGGGAAGAUGAAAACCAAGAUUGAUAGCGACAAAUACGAGUCUCUUGACGGCGUAGUCGCCGAUGCCAUUCAGUUGGAGAAGAACGCACAUACUUACAAUGGGCCUCUAGAUCCUGUCGCAAUUCUUGCUACAAAACUCAGACAAGAGGUCGAAGUAGGCAUCUUGCAGUUAAGGAGGAAGAGGAAGCACCCAGAUUCCGGGGAAGGCGGCAGCGGUGCAAAUGGUACCACCACCAGUGUCCAUGGUCGGGCAAAUGGGGCGGCACCCUCGAAGAAGUUGAAAUUGUUAUAA